CGCCGACGCCGACUGUUUCAUUUGUUUCGUACCGUUCGUGCGAAUGAGUCGCGUUAUUUCAUCUCCUCUCGUGGUGCGUUAUUUCUUUUUCCAAGUGCUGUGUGAUCUUCUGUUACUUUUCAAUCUUUCCUCUUGCUUUGUGAUUUGUGCCACGAUCCCCGAAAAUCAAACAACACUCCAAUGAACAAAACUUAGUGCAUGCCACAGUCGAACAAACUGUUUCCAAACGAGCGACUACAAUCGUCCAGUUAUUUUUUUUUUGGUUUCAAGUUUUGUCGAGACUGACAGUAAAAUAAAAUAAAAUGUUUCUCGACACAUACCUGUGCAGUGCGGUGCGACAGGAGUUCUUGGACGCGUCCAAAGCGCGAAGUACACUGCUAGUGUUCUGCUGCGCGCUGAGCUGUAUUCUAUUCGUGCAGUGGCUCUACCGGCAGGUGUUACAGAUCAAAAAUCUUCCGCCCGGUCCCUGGGGCGUACCGGUCUUCGGUUAUCUCACCUUCAUCGGACACGAAAAGCACACGCAGUACAUGAAGCUGGCGCGAAAGUACGGCUCCCUGUUCAGCGCCAAGCUCGGUGCCCAGCUGACGGUGGUGAUCAGUGACUACAAAGUGAUCCGGGAAGCGUUCAAGACGGAGGAUUUUACCGGACGGCCGACUUCGCCGUUGCUGAAGACGUUGGGUGGUUUUGGUAUCAUCAACAGUGAAGGUCAGCUAUGGAAAGAUCAGCGGAGGUUCUUGCACGAGAAACUGCGGCACUUUGGGAUGACUGUUCUUGGAAACAAGAAGCAUCUGAUGGAGAGUAGAAUUAUGACAGAGGUCACCGAACUUCUAGCAGCGCUGAACGAGGUUAGUGGUCAGUCUACUGAUUUGAGUAAAUUUCUGUCCGUUUCGGUGAGCAACGUGAUCUGCAACAUUAUCAUGUCGGUGCGCUUCUCGUUGGAGGAUCCUCGAUUCAAGCGGUUCAAUUGGUUGAUCGAAGAAGGGAUGCGACUAUUUGGCGAGAUCCUAACCAUCGACUACAUCCCACAAGUUCAGUACCUUCCGGGCAGUAUUAACGCUAAAAACAAGAUCGCCAAGAAUCGCCAGGAAAUGUUCGAUUUCUACCGGGAGGUGAUCGAUGAUCACAAACGUACGUUCAAUGUAAAUAACAUCCGCGAUAUUGUGGAUGCUUACCUGGAGGAAAUUCAGAAAGCCAAAGCCGAGGGUCGCGAUGCGGAACUGUUUGAAGGAAAAGAUCACGAAAUCCAAAUGAUGCAGGUGAUUGCGGAUCUCUUCUCGGCCGGUAUGGAAACGAUCAAGACUACUCUGCUGUGGAUGAACGUUUUCAUGCUGCGUCACCCGGAUGCGAUGAAACGAGUUCAGGACGAACUGGAUCAGGUGGUCGGUCGCAAUCGCUUACCGAAAAUCGAAGAUGUACCGUACUUGCCCAUAACGGAGACUACCAUACUGGAGGUGAUGCGCAUUACCAGCAUCGUCCCACUGGCCACCACUCACUCCCCGAAAAGCGAUGUCGUUAUCAACGGUUACACAAUCCCGGCAGGUUCGUAUGUGGUGCCACUGAUAAACAGCGUUCACAUGGAUCCCACGCUGUGGGACAAACCGGAGGAAUUCAACCCGAACCGCUUUCUGAACGCCGAAGGCAAGGUUAACAAACCGGAAUACUUCAUUCCGUUCGGUGUCGGGCGUCGUCGUUGUUUGGGCGAUGUCCUGGCCCGAAUGGAACUGUUCCUAUUUUUCGCCUCGAUAAUGCACACCUUCUCGAUCGAAUUGCCAGAGAACGAACCGAUGCCAAGUUUGAAGGGCAUCAUCGGAGUCACCAUCAGCCCGCAAGCGUUCCGAGUAAAGUUGGUUCCACGUCCACUGAAUACCGACGACAGGGUACGUAGUGUUGGGAGCUUCUGAAGAAAAAAAAUUACGUAUGAACCCUCCUCCAACGAUUCCAAAGAGCACGGUACGUUCCUAUGCUUCAUGCAACAAAACAGAGCAACAUAAAACAAAUGCAAAUGCAAAAAUUCACAUUCGUGAGCUACAAGAAAGAGCUGAGCGAUCUGAAUUUUGAACAAAACGAAACACAAACGAGUUAGCACACACACGUUUAGCUCCUGCUGGAUCCUGCCGCGACUCCAGGGGCAUGGUGAUGAAAAUCAAAACAUUUUAAUUGAGUGCCUGCACCUAAAUCAAAAGUACACUAGCUAGUCAUGCGUUUUUGUUCGGAGAGUAAUUUUUGUUGAAUAAUUAUUCUAUAAUGUUGAGUUUGUUUUUAAUGCCUAUAUAGAGCAAAACCCGCAUUUUUAAUCGCAUUUUAAUGACAGUUAAUUAUUUAUACACACCGCACCGAGUUUUAAAAAUAGUUUGUAAUAACGGACUCGAGAAACAGAAGAAAAAAAAACGUCGUACAAAUGGCUCGAGUCAAAUAUAUCGACACAUACACGCACGCAUGCAAAGCCAAGGAAUUGAUAAAUCUUUUCCACACACACAUACACAUACACGCACACAAACACAGACCCACAGUUUAGAUUCUCUAAGGGUGAAGAAAAAAAAUUCUCGCGGGCGCAACAAAUGAAUGAAGCAAAAAACGAAAAAACGCGUCGAACAGCAUGACAGGUUGCCAUUUUGUUUGUGGCUAACAUAUUAUUAAAAAUUAAGAAUUACUGCGAUCUGGAUGGAUUGCGAAACGCCAGAAAGAGAUGAAGGAGAAGUAGUAACUUGAACGAUGCCUCCCAAAAUACAAUGUGUUCAAUUAACUUUAGAAAAUACGAUAUAUUCCAAGCAAGAAAGUACAUAUUUAUUAUUUUUAAACGUGAAAAACUUGAUAUAGUAUUCGAACGGUUGCGCGAAGUAAAUGAAAAGUUCAAUUUUCAUAGCAGCGAAUAAAUUUUAUAAAUUUCUGACUUGAUGUGGGCAAACGCAACGGUUCGCGUCUACUACUCAGAGAGAGGCGGGAAAAUAAUAUCUUCUGUUUUUCUGGAUUUAUUUUUUCGAUGUUGCUCCCACUGUUAGGAUUAGGCUUAGGCCGUAGAGUAAGCAUAUAAGCAUCAUAAAUGUGGUUAGUUUUAUGACACAACACAACUGUGACAAAAUCUUCCGCUUCCGACUUAUUCGAAAGUCGGCUUACCGUCGGUUUUAAUCUCUGUUCGUUUUAGUUCAAACAUUCCAUUGUACCACCUACUUUACGGUUGACCAGAAAAAUUAACACUGAGCGCGUAAUUUUAUGAACAGUAACAGUUAAACGAAUCGUUGGUUAAUCAGGGAUGGUCAUAAAAACAAUUCAUGCAUUGCUGUCGUCUACAGGGUCCUCUAGGAGGUGAAAUAUGACCAUCCCACCGGUAGCCGAACGAUAGACGUAAGAUAAUGAAAGGCGCGUAGCGUUUAUCGAGUUGGAAGAAGCAAGCAUGAAAGGUUGGAGAAAAUCAGUGCCAAUAUUUUUAAUCAGCAAACGACGGACAAUAAAUGCAAAAAAAAAGAAUGAAUACAAUUUCCACACCUUCGAAGGCAAGUGAAUGGAAGGUGUAACCAGUGGAAGAGAAAACAAAGCGCUCGUUUGAGCGUUCGAUACUUCGUAAUUUAAACAUUAUAGCAUUUAAAGAGAUAUUUGAGUUUAUUUAUAAUUCACAGUUUUUUGUUUAUAAAGUAAGAUUUCCGCUUGACGUUUGACAGUUGUCUCACAGUCAAUUUUCGGAAUUGAUUGGCACACAAACAGGAAAUCGUCAAUUUUUUUAUAAAAAAGGAAAUAAAUGAAAA